AUGAAGCGAUCUCGUGAAGAAACCGUUGAAUUACCUCAAGACUUUGCAGAGAAACAUAUUGACACCUUUGUCAAAGGAUGUCACCACAUUCUAGGUGUUGAUCCGUCGUUGUACGAUGCCUUGCUGUCGAAAGACUUUCAAUUGUUUCUGAAGAGAGAGCAGCCUCCAAUGGACUUGAAUCAUCAUUUUAUCAAGCUUGCAAGCAGCAUUUUGGCACAGCAAAUAAGUGGCGCAGCCGCGAACAGCGUCAAAAACAAGUUGAUGGCAUAUUAUGGCGGCCAUUUCCCGACAUAUCAGGAAGUUGUUGAAACUUUCCAUAAAAAAGACGUUCAAGAACUCCGAGACUGUGGUUUGUCUGCACGAAAAGUUCAGUACCUGGAGUCACUGGCAAAUUAUUUCAAUGACAACGAAAAGGCCAUUGAAGCACUAUUUGAGCAAGACAACGAAGAAAUUGCAUCUCAACUGGUUGCUAACAUCAAAGGCAUAGGUCCUUGGAGCGCUAAAAUGUUUCUGGUAACGAGCCUGGAAAGGAUGGAUGUUUUUGCCGCUGAUGAUCUGGGCAUAGCAAGAGGGUGCUCUAAAUAUUUAGACUGCCGUCCGGAAAUAUUAAAGGAGUUGAUGAGCAAGCGCGUCCAAGGCAAGACCAAACGCAGCAAGAUUGUCCACAAGAAGAAAAACUGGAAGAUUUAUGACGAGGACAUAGUGGAGAAAUGUGGUGAAAUGUUUGCGCCCUAUAGGAGCAUCUUUAUGUUUAUUCUCUGGAGGUUAUCCAGCACCAACAUCGAUGCUCUGGCCAAGCGGGAGAAGGACUUUGUUGCAAAGUGA